UCUCGCUGCUUCUCAGAGUACUUCUUUGGGUUUUUCUCGCCCAAAUCUCUUUUUAUAUAUCUCGCUCUCUCACCGCUAGAAGAGAGGAAGAGACUACGUCACCGGCGAGAUGGUUGAUGGUGCGCUCGCCAGCACGUUCUUCCGAAUCCGGCGAACUAUUCUGGAGAUGCUGAGGGACCGGGGGUUCUUGGUCACCGACGCCGAGAUCGAGAUGACCAGAGACCAGUUCGUCGAGAAGUUCGGGAUCAAUUUCAGGAGAGAGGUUCUUGAUUUCAGUCGCUCCAAGAGGGACGACCCCUCAGACAUGAUAUGUGUUUACUUUGUGGAGGAGAAGCUUCAUGUAAGGUUGCUCCAGACUUAUCUGCAGCAAAUGAAUUCUGCAAAAAUCACUAGGGCAAUAUUUGUUGUCAAAGAGAAGCCAGCUGCAUUUUUACUGAAUAUACUGAGUGACAUUCCUGCAAGACGCUUGGAGGUUUUUAUGGAGCAUGAGCUGUCAGUCAACAUUUCAAAGCACGUUCUUGUUCCAAAGCAUGAAUUGCUUACUAUUCACCAGAAGAAUUUUUUACUUGAGCGAUACAAUGUCAAAAUCACUCAGCUUCCCAGAAUCCAAGUGGCCGAUCCAGUAGCAAGGUACUAUGGCCUUGUUCCUGGAGAUGUAGUAAAGAUCACGCGAUCAAGUCAAACAACCGGUAGAUAUGUUACCUACCGCGUUGCUGUCGGAGAUGGUUCUCGCUUCCUAGCUUAUAUAGCUUAAUCUGAUGGUUGAGAGUAAUUCUACUUCUGGGAAUUGGACACCUUUGGAGGACCUUUAGUCAUGUAAUGUUUUUGUGAUUGUUUUUCGCCGGAUUUACGGAUGUAUGCAAUGUUUUGAGGCAUGCAUUGUUUUUGUGAUGGUUUUUCAUCAGGAUUACGAGUGCGUGCUGGCCUUCGGA